UUUAAAUUUUGCUAGAACAUCCAUAUGAAUCCUUUCCACUCAACCCAAUUUUUUAUAUACAUAUAUAAAUAAUUUGAUCAGUAUAUCAGUAAUCUCAAAAUAUAUAAUUUAUUGCAGAGAAAGUUUAAGUUUACUUGCAAUUGACUUCUAUUUAAUUUCUAAUCAAACUCACAAUCGGAAGAGUAAAUGGCACAGGAUCAGCAAUUUAUCAAUUACGUCACUGGAGUGACGGCAAGCGUGCGUUCAUCGCAUCGACUUUGAUUUGAUGUCGUCAAAUGCGUGCUAGAUGCGCGGGAAUGCUUCACCAGAAGUGUAGGCAGGGUAUUUACCCGUCCAGCAAUGCCAAGAGAUUUGAAGUGCCGGAUGAAAAAGUUUCAUGGACGGUCGAGUACCCCGAAUACAAGCCGGUCGCGUGUACCGCUGCGGUUCUUCAGGGUAAACCCUGGGCCGAUCCGGAGAUCAACGAAUCCACCUUCGAGCCAAAAUGGAACGAGAUAGAUGGCAAAGUGAACCGGAAAAGUUUCACGGGUGACUACGUUGUAAACGCAGACGGGUAUCCUUUAAAUCCUGUGGGACGAACCGGCAUCGUUGGACGAGGACUCUUGGGCCGAUGGGGGCCGAAUCACGCCGCGGACCCGAUCGUUACACGAUGGAAACGCGACAAUUCAGGACUCGUGGAGACGGACAAAUGCACGGGAAAACGCGUAUUGCAGUUCGUGGCGAUACAAAGGCGAGAUUCCGGAGAAUGGGCCAUACCGGGAGGAAUGGUCGAUCCGAAUGAGACGGUUUCCACUACUUUAAUGAGAGAAUUCAUGGAAGAAGCGUUGAACUUUUUGGAGAAGGACGACGCUGAGAAAGAGGCCUUACGGAACUCUAUAAGGGAAUUCUUCACGAAACGUGACGAAGUCUAUAAGGGAUACGUGGAUGAUCCGCGGAAUACGGAUAAUGCCUGGAUGGAGACAGUGGCAAUAAAUUUUCAUGACGAGGACAAUGCCGUUAUCGGGAAACUCGCGCUGCAAGCUGGAGACGAUGCGCGUAACGCGAGAUGGAUGGACAUAAACAGCCGAAUAAAUUUAUACGCCAAUCACAGUGAAUUCAUAAGAAAAAUUGUAUCGCAACGUGACGCGCACUGGUGAAGCGCAAGGGCAUGGUUAUAAUAAAUUACUCUGGAAAAGGAUAUUGUUAAGAAAUUAUAAA